AUGCAGCUCGACAGCAUGAGUCGUGACUAUGAGCUGGACCCCGAGCACAAGAAGGCUGCACUGCCAGCUGCUAUGCGUGGUGGGAGCAAAGAUGCAGCAGAUUGUAUGCAAGUUCUGAGAGGAAUUCGGCUGUACCUUGGCUUGCCAUCACGAGAAGUUCGCGGUACUACAUGUCUGGCUGCGGCAGUCACUUUUUCACAUAUAACAAUCUAG